AUGAUCCUAGAGAAAAAGCUGAAGGAGAAAAAGCUUCUUUUUAAAAGGUGGCAAGGCAGCAAGACACAAGAAGAUAGAGAAAAAUUUAAGCUCGAGUAUAAACUGGCCAAGAAAGCUGCAAAAAGGGCUGUUGCACAGGCAAAGGCCGCUUCAGAGCAAGAUUUCUACACAAAGAUCGAGACCACCAAGGAUUCAAAAUUGAUAUUCAAGACUGCCAAGCAGAGGCACAACAACUGUCAAGACAUCAGAAUGGUCAAAUUUAUAAAGAAUGAGGAAGGUCAGCUUCUCACCAAAGAUGAGGACAUAAGGAAAAGGUGGAAAGAAUAUUAUUGUCAUCUCCUCAAUGAAGAAUUUCCAAUUGAGACACUGCAAUCUGAACUGCCGACAAUGAGGCCAAUUCCGUCCAUUUCAGAGGAGGAGGUAAGGGUAGCUCUCCAUGAAAUGGCCACAAACAAAGCUGUGGGGCCAGAUGAGAUCCCAGUGGAAGUGUGGAAAAUGCUGAAUGACACAGGGGUGAAAUUUAUUACUGGGGUCUUCAAUGCGGUGCUCAGUGAAGGAAUUCCAGAUGAAUGGAGGAGAAGCUACAUUGUACCAUUCUAUAAGAACAAAGGUGACGUUCGUUUGUGUAGAAAAUUUAAGAGCAGUGAAACUCAUCUCUCAUACAUUUAA